AUGUCGGGGCGCCGUGUGGCUUUCGAAAGAGGCUUGCUGCUGAGAAGCUUCCGUUUUCCCUCGCUGUUUCACGGCGUUUCUGCACGAUCGAAGAUCCGAUUCACGAGCAGCGCAGGGCAGGCAGGCAGGCAGGCAGGCAGGCAGGCGCGCCCAGGGGGAGAGGGCAGAAUCUGCUAUAAGCAGAAGGUGCAGCACACCCUCCUCGAGAAACCUUAUCAGUACCCCACGGCCCAGAUGGCGCUCCUGAAGCACGCGCCAACGGCCGGGCACCUUCUUUUUCCUGAUUGCGGGGUAGAAGAACGGAGGAAGGCUCUCGUGACGGGCGCAAUCGUUUCAAGCGCUGAUCGUCUCUGGGCAAGGAACAGGGUCGAGUGCCGGAUCGCCAAUCGAGGGAGAGCACAGGCGGACCCACGAACGGAAGCUGUGCAGACCUUCACUCUCUCUCUGCCGAUGGACGUUGGUAGUGGCAGGGAACUAGGGCGUGCCUGUAGAUCAUCGACACGGAUCAGGUCGCGGGACUCGGCGCUGGCCGUUACGGGUAUUUUGGUACAUGCCAACCCUGCAGAUAUGUUGAUGACAUUCUACAUCCGGUAUGUGCGCCGUGGAGAGGCUCGUCUGGUCUGGUCGUGUGCCGAGUUUCAAGCUGGCGGGCGGUGGGUGGGGAAUGUGGCGGUGUUGGCGCGGGAGAGCCGAGCUACGGUCAUUGAUUCCAUCAUCUCUCGCCAGGAGAAGAGCACCACCGCCCCUUUCACAUGGGUGAUACAUAACAGCUAUGGAAUAGACUUCGUACCUCCAGGAAUGCUCGAAGGCGUUAUUAUGACUAUGAUUGAUGUGCGAAUGGGCGUCAUGGGCUAUCACUCGUUUAACGGGUUGCGGCGGGAUGUGGAACUUUUGGGUUUUGGGGUUGGGUGCGGUGUGAGGUGUGAGGGAUAUUGUUUGAUGUUGCUUCUGGUUUGGUGCCUGGUGGGCGAGAUUUGGAGCGAGCUUGUAUUUUACGCCAACAGCGGGGAGAAUGUGGAUUUGCAAAGAAAUCAGUAA